AUGUCUACCCUCUUCAGCUCCCUCAAUGCCCGUCUAGCGGAUCCGACUUACCAGCUCAGCCUGGCGUCGAUUUGCGGCAUUGUCUUCGUGCUGGCCUGGUUCCUGUUCUUCUUCACUGACCUGACAGCGGCCAAAAAGGUUUACAGCGGAGUCUAUCAGCUUGGUCAAUUCGCCUACUCUUGCUUCUUCAAGCCGCACAGCGGAGAUGGCACUGGAAACCAGCAGGAUGCUCUCGAGAGCUUCUACAAGUCACAAGCCAACAUCUACGACGCCACCCGCACGAAGCUGCUACAAGGAAGAGAGGACAUGCUUGCACUUGUUGCAGCUCAGGUCAAGCACCGGAGCGAGACGGGUCAGCUGCCAAAGAAGCCAGUUUGGGUUGACAUUGGAGGUGGCACGGGCUGGAACAUUGAGCAGAUGGGUGAGCAGCUUGAUGUGCCCGAUUUCUUCCACGCUGUCUACUUGGUCGAUCUGAGCACUUCCCUCUGCGAGAUUGCUCGGAAGCGAUUCGAAAGGCUCGGCUGGAACAAUGUUCACGUCAUUUGCGAGGAUGCUAGAGUCUUCCGCUUGGCAGACUAUGAAGCUGGUAUUGAAGAGGACAAGCGUGACUUCAGCAUUGGACACUCCGCUUACGACCGCGACGAGCGAGACAGCGUGGGCGCAGACGUGCUCACCAUGUCUUACAGUCUGAGCAUGAUCCCAGAGUUCCACCCAGCGAUCGACAGCAUUGCCAAUCUCCUUGCACCAAACGGCAUCGUUGGUGUAGUCGACUUCUAUGUUCAGAACAAGAUCGAAUUCGCUGGGCGCAACUACACUGGUGGCACUCUUGACCGACACUGCAUGUGGAUCAGCCGUGUCUUCUGGAGAACUUGGUUCGAGCUCGACCGUGUCAACCUGGACUCCGCGAGACGCGACUACGUCGAGUACAAGUUUGGCACGAUCCUCAGCAGCAACCGCAGAUGUCACCUCCUUGGCUUCCGCAUCCCAUACUACAUCUUUGUCGGCUGCAAUCGAAGCACGAUCAACCCAAUGCGUGACGUGGCUGCUGUGGAUGCUGCAGUCACUGAGUCUCCAUUCAUCAAGGCGCUAGACAUCCACGCCCAGGGCGGUCUCACUCCUCGCAGCGCACGACGAAGCUCCAGCGCAGAGCGCAGAAGCAAAGCCUACGAAUCUACUGUGGUCAACUUGUCCGCCAGCUUGCCCCUUCCAGCUGCCUACUAUCAGAACAACAAGACGCGAAUUUACUACGACGAUACCCUCCAGAAGCACCGCCAGUUCAACGACGAGUACAUCUAUGCAUUCACUUGGGAAGACUCUCGCAUGGACUCUAGGUUGCUCAAGAUUGGCUCAGACGAUGUGAUUCUUGCAAUCACAAGUGCUGGUGACAACAUCCUGAGUUACGCUGUCGAACGCCCAAAGCGCAUCCACGCGGUCGAUCUGAAUCCAGCACAGAAUCAUCUUCUCGAGCUGAAGGUUGCAGCUUUCCGCGGUCUGGAGUACCAGGAUAUGUGGAAGCUCUUUGGUGAAGGCAAGCACGAGAACUUCGCUGAUCUCCUCCUUACCAAGCUUUCUCCCCAUUUGUCCUCGCAGGCAUUCGACUACUGGUCACACGUUGGUCCAUCGACGUUCAGCCCACGUAGCAAGGGUCUCUACUACACUGGCGGUAGCCGUCACGCUCUGAAGCUGAUCCAAUGGCUCGGAAGCUUUCUUGGUGCAAAAGGCGACUUCCAGAAGUUGUGCGAGGCAUCAACACUGGCUGAGCAACGCGACAUCUGGACCAAGCGUGUACGUCGGGUCAUGCUGUCACAACUCCUCGCCUACUUCGUCAUCGGCUCCGAGCGGUUCCUGUGGAAAGCGCUUGGUGUGCCAGGUGAGCAGAGAGCAAUGAUCGAGGAGGACUACAAGAGGCAGCUAGAUCGUGGUGUCGACUCCAAAAAGGCCGAUCCGGCUGUCACUGGUGAGAAGAGCGGUGUUCACCAGCCUGGUGAGGUCGGUGCAAUGAAGAGCGGACAGGCCAUCUGGAAUUAUGGUGUGCAGACACUGGAUCCAGUCGCCAACGAGACGCUCAUGAGCGAGGACAACCACUAUUACCUGGUCUGCUUGCUUGGCCAUUACACCCGCCGCUGCCAUCCAACCUACCUUGCGCCCAAAUCCCACCUAAAGCUCUCCCAAGCCGGCGCCCUCGAUAACCUCCGCAUCCACACCGACGAACUCUCCGAAGUUUUCGCCCGCAUGACACCCGAGACACUCACCAUCGCAGUCCUGAUGGACAGCAUGGACUGGUUCACGCCCGGCGGCCCCGAAGCACCAGCACAAUGCCGUGCCGUCAACAGAGCGCUCAAGCUCGGUGGAAGAGUCCUCAUCCGAUCGGCAGGCUUGAACCCGUGGUACAUGAGAGUCUUUGAAGAGUAUGGAUUCAGUCCGAAGAGAGUUGCGGCAAGAGUGCCGCCAGGGACAUGUACAGAUCGCGUGAACAUGUAUGCCAGUACUUGGAUAUGUACGAAGAUGGUGAGCCGGCCGUUGGAGGAGUAA